GUGGUGAUGGUGGAGCGCUUGUGGUAAAACGAAUAGCAAAUCAUUCACAACUUUUUCCUCUUUGCUUUGUUUCCAUAAAAAUAUUCUUUGUCCUUGUUCUUCUUUCACUUGUCCUGCUUCAACUUUCCUAAAAACUAACGGACAUCGUCGACAAGACAGAUUGACUAACAAAACGUGACGUUACCAACGGUAUUAUAAAAAAUAAGCAAAUUUUCCCUGGGGUUGACGAGGAGGUCGGAAGACGGGUGGGAGGGCUGGUUUUCAUACGAUGCGCUUUUGACAAUCUUCGGGAUGAACGCUCGAACGCAGACAUUCGAUUUUACCACGGAAUGUCAUCAAAUUCAAGAGGUUGUCAACUGCAUUUUUCACUCGGUUUUGUUCCAUCGCACGCUCGGAAAAUUUCACUAUCGUCAGGAGGGAAAAUAUUCCAUUGGGACGGUUGGAUAUGAGGAUAUCGAUUGCGAUUUCAUCGAUCUCACUUAUGUGAGAUGCAAUUCCAGCUCUCUGGUUCGACGAAUGAACAGCUUUGUCACUUCGUUUGAUCAAGCGAUUCGUGAUCCUGGAAAUGUAACCGAAAAUGGAAUUCGAUCGGGACAGAUCUCCUUAGAAUUUUACAAUAAGAAGAAGGUUAACUGGCCAUUCACUCCGGAGUGUUUGCCGUGGGAGGUUUGGACGGUUCGAAUUGAAAUCAAGCCUAUACGUAGUGAGAUCGAACGACAAAUGAAUCGUGAGUACUUGGGCGAACUCGUGGGUGACAAAGUGGUUCUGAUUACGGAAGUGAUGAACCGUCAGCAGUACCUCCCGAAGAUCCCAGCGCAAAGCGAGGUUGAUCUUAUUUUUGAUACGUCGUAUCCCGAUAUUCAACCGUAUUUAUUUAGGGUCAGUCAUUCAACUACUUCGCCACCAUCUACUACCUCAGUGGGAAAGACAGUUCGUCGAAUUUUUCGCGAAACUUUGGCUUUUUGAUUACAUAUUGAAAUAAGAACAAGUGCGAAUGUGGAGAAUGUUGAGAUGUUGUCGUGGGCAAAAGUUUUUUCACUUUGACUUUCCAAGUCAUGAUAAUAUUACAAUAUACAAAUACACACCCUACUAUCAUAAUUAGUAUCGUAAUAAUUGUAUCUGAUCAAGUGUGCUAAUUCUAACAUUGCAGUCCAUUUUAUGUCAGCGUAUCUUACGAGUAUGAAUGUGUGACGUUCCUGUUUAGUUAAUAAAUUUGCAAAUAUUUGAAAUCA